AUGAGACCAAUUUUACUGAAGGGACAUGAGCGUCCUCUGUCUCAGGUCAAAUUCAACAGAGAUGGAGACUUGCUAUUUUCGGUCUCCAAGGAUUCGGUAGCAAGUAUUUGGUACUCUAGUAAUGGUGAAAGAUUGGGUACUUUGAAUGGCCACUCAGGUGCUAUUUCUGCAAUCGAUAUAGAUCCGACGACGACCUUUGCCAUCACAGGAAGCGCCGACUUCUCUGCAAAAUUGUGGAGAGUGGAAACCGGAGAAUGCAUAUUCACUUGGAACACGGUCACUCCUGUCAGAGGAGUAGAGUUCAACAAAGAUGCAUCAAAGGUUUUGGUCUUAACUGCAGAGGUCAUGGGACACCCUGGUACUAUUUCCAUUUACCCAGUGGAUUUCACAAAAGAAGAACAGUCUACUGAACCAUUAUUAGUGAUCAAGAGACAGCCAGAACUUGGUGUUUUCACUGUUGCCGGUUGGUCAUAUGGAGACAAAUAUAUCAUUGCUGGACACAACGAUGGGUCUAUUUCUAAGAUUGAUGCUGAAACCGGAGAGUUCUUAGAGACUGCCAAAUACCAUGAGGGUAUUGUGACCGACUUACAAUUUUCUCCUGACAGAACAUAUUUCAUCACUUCUUCAAAAGACCAAUCUGCUGUAUUGGUCGAUGUGUUGGAGUUCAAACUACUAAAACAAUAUCAAGCCAAGGCUCCUGUCAACUCAGCUGUAAUCACCCCUGUAAAGGAUUACAUUAUCCUCGGAGGUGGUCAAGAUGCCAAAGAUGUCACUACCACUAAAUCUGCUGAUGGUAAGUUUGAGAGUAAAAUAUUCCACAAGAUUUUCAAAGAUGAAAUAGGGCGUAUUAAAGGUCACUUCGGUCCUAUUAACACGAUCGCCAUCCACCCCAAAGGUACUGGGUUUGCCUCUGGGGGAGAAGAUGGUUAUGUCAGAUUACAUCAUUUCGACCAACCAUACUUUGACUUCCAAUACGACGUGGAGAAGACUGCUGCUGCUACCAACAAGGCUUCUUUACAGACUGCCUCUUAG